AUGGAGUCUCAGAGCCAAGAAGUCGCUGCCCUUGUCCAGAAGAUCGCCGGCCUCCACGCCGCCAUCUCCAAGCUGCCGUCGCUGAGCCCGUCCACCGAGGUGGACGCGCUGUUCACCGACCUCGUCACGGCGUGCGUCCCUGCGAGCCCCGUCGACGUGGCCAAGCUCGGCCCGGAGGCGCAGAGGAUGCGGGAGGAGCUCAUCCGCCUCUGCUCCGCCGCCGAGGGGCAGCUCGAGGCGCACUACUCCGACGUGCUCGCCGCCUUCGACAACCCGCUCGACCACGUCGGCCGCUUCCCGUACUACGGCAACUACGUCAAACUGAGCAAGCUGGAGUACGAGCUCCUGGUCCGCUACGUCCCCGGCAUUGCUCCCAUCCGCGUCGCCUUCGUCGGGUCGGGCCCUCUGCCGUUCAGCUCCCUCGUGCUCGCCGCGCACCACCUUCCGAACACGCUGUUCGACAACUACGACCUGUGCGGCGCGGCCAACGAGCGGGCGAAGAGGCUGUUCCGCGCCGACAAGGACCUGGGCGCGCGCAUGGCGUUCCGCACGGCCGACGUGGCCAGCCUGACGGAGGAGCUCGGCGCGUACGACGUCGUCUUCCUGGCGGCGCUCGUCGGCAUGGCGGCCGAGGAGAAGGCCGGGGUGAUCGCGCACCUGGGCGCGCACAUGGCGGACGGCGCGGCGCUCGUCGUGCGCAGCGCGCACGGGGCGCGCGGCUUCCUGUACCCGAUCGUCGACCCCGAGGACGUCAGGCGUGGCGGGUUCGACGUGCUUGCGGUGUGCCACCCGGAAGACGAGGUGAUCAACUCCGUCAUCGUCGCCCGCAAGGUGGACGCGCGCGCCGCCGCUGCGCGCAAAGACGGGCUCGCGGACUCGCACGGCGUGGUGCCGGUGGUCGGCCCACCGUCAAAGUGCUGCAAGAUGGAGGCGAGCGGGCUGGAGAAGGCAGAAGAGUUUGCCACCAACAAGGAGCUGUCCGUCUAACGAUCGAAACAGACACUGUGACAAUAAACCUCUGAUUAUAUUGUGCUGCAUGUGCAUUUAUUUGUAUGAGAUAUAUGUAACUAUGUUAGAAGUCAUAUAUUUGUACUUACAUCGUGUUUUGUAGGACAUGAAAUGAUUAGUUGUGCGCCCAACUGCCGUACCCGUGUCUAGGGAUGGUAAUGUGUCCAACUUUUUUAUCUAUAAAACUUAGAGAUUUUAUUUAAAAUAAGU